AUGGCCCUCGCGCUGCGCCUCCGGCGGGUCCUCGCCGCGGCCUCCACCUCGGCGCCUCUGCUCCGCCCGUCCGCCUCCGUCGCCCGUCCCUCCCCCCUCGCGCCCCCCGCCUCCUCACCUGUCGCGCCGCUCCCGCGGGCGCCGUGGCGGUUCCUUCCCGGCGGCGCUGCCGCCGGGUUCCGGUCCACGGCGGCGGCGGCGGCUGCGCGGGGCGGGGCCGGCUUCGGGGCGGACGACAGCCAGAUCUCCCCCGACGAGAUCCUCUUCGAGGGCUGCGACUACAACCACUGGCUCAUCACCAUGGAGUUCCCGGACCCCAAGCCGUCGCGCGAGGAGAUGAUCGAGACCUUCCUCCAGACACUCGCCAAGGUCGUCGGGAGUUAUGAGGAGGCCAAGAAGAGAAUGUAUGCUCUUAGCACGACGACUUAUGUUGGUUUUCAGGCUGUAAUGACCGAGGAAAUGUCAGAAAAGUUUAAAGGUUUGCCUGGAGUAGUUUUCAUUCUGCCUGAUUCAUACCUAUAUCCAGAAACAAAGGAGUACGGAGGAGACAAAUAUGACAAUGGUGUCAUCACUCCAAGACCACCACCUGUUCAUUAUAGCAAACCAUCAAGAACUGACAGGAACCGUAACUACCGAGGAAACUACCAGGAUGGCCCUUCACAGCAAGGAAAUUACCAGAACAACCGUCCACAAGGUGGUUACCAGAACAACUCGCCACAGCAAGGAAACUUCCAGACAUACCGCUCACAGCAAGACGGAAGGGGCUAUGCCCCACAGCAGAAUUAUGCACAAGGUGGGCAGGAUGGUAGAGGUUUUGGAAGGAAUGAUUACACAGACCGUUCAGGCUACAAUGGACCACCUGGUGGUUUUCAAGGUCAAGCUCAGUACCAAGGGCAUGUAAAUCCGGCUGGACAAGAUCAAGGUUAUAACAACCCCCAAGAGCGCAGGAACUUCCCGCAAGGGCAGGGAGGAGGUUAUAGGUCUGGUGGUCCUUCAGCACCUGGGUUUUAUGGUCAACCAUCAGCACCUGGGUCUUAUGGUCAACCAUCAGCACCUGGGUCUUAUGGUCAGCCAUCAGCACCUGGGUCUUAUGGUCAACCAUCAACACCUGGGUCUUAUGGUCAACCUUCGACACCUGGAUCUUAUGGUCAAUCAUCAACACCUGGUAACUAUGGGCAGGCACCUCCAUCAGCGAAUCCAGGUGCUAACAGAGUUCCUGGUGUGAAUCCUAGUUAUGGUGGGGAUGGCAGACAGGGGACAAAACCAGCAUAUGGUGCAGAUAACUGGCAAAGAGGUUCUGGUCAGUAUCCUAGCCCAGGUGAAGGACAAGGAAACUAG